AUGAGCUUCUCUACUCGCAACAGUGUUCACAUGAUUUGCAUAGGCCUACUUGUUUGUUGCCUGGUAGACAUAGGGGCUAGCAUGGAGUUCACUGGUGCUGAAGGUCAGUGGGCAAGAUUCCCAAUGUGGAACGCCUGCUGUGAAAGUGAGAUGAGUUUCAACAUGAAAACGAAAAGUGCUCACGGACUCCUAGUGUACUUUGACGACGAGGGAUUCUGUGAUUUCUUGGAACUUCUUCUCCACAACGGUAGACUCAGUUUGCGUUUCUCAAUCUUCUGCGCAGAGCCUGCAACCGUUCUAUCCGAUACCGCGGUGAAUGACAGCCGCUGGCACUCAGUUAUUGUUCGCAGGAAUUUCAAAAACACUACGUUAAUUGUGGACGAAGAAAUCAAGUGGGUGGAAGUGAAGUCUAAAAGAAGGGACAUGACUGUUUUCAGUCAUUUGUUUUUAGGAGGGAUACCUCCCGAACUGCGAUCUUCAGCUUUGCGCCUCACGGCUGCGUCUAUCAAAGACCAGGUUCCAUAUAAAGGAUGGAUAACCGAUUUGAAGGUGAAUGGCUCUGAACCAGUGCUAAAUGGUAGCGAGGGGAUCAGCAAUGACAUUUGUAAAGCGGACCAUGUUUGCCUUAACGGAGGAGUUUGCAACAUCGUAAACGAUGAGCCCAUAUGUGAUUGUUCUGAAACAGGAUUCCAAGGGAAAGACUGCAGUGAAGCCGAUUCUCCAGAAGAGGUCUACGUUGGAGGUCUUGCGCACCUGAUGAUGGGCGACCAAGUGAGAGAGGAGUACGUGGCGACCUUCAAGGGCUCAGAGUACUUCUGCUACGACCUGUCUCCCAACCCUAUCCAGAGCAGCAGCGACGAGAUCACACUUUCCUUCAAAACCCUGCAACGCAAUGGCCUGAUGCUCCACACUGGCAAAUCAGCCGACUACGUCAACCUGGCACUGAAGAACGGUGCCGUCUCGCUGGUCAUCAACCUGGGCUCCGGGGCCUUUGAGGCCCUGGUGGAGCCUGUGAAUGGGAAAUUUAAUGACAAUUCCUGGCAUGAUGUGAAGGUUACCAGGAAUCUCCGUCAGCACUCAGGCAUUGGACACGCUAUGGUUGCAAUAUCCGUGGAUGGGAUUCUCACCACCACUGGAUAUACCCAAGAGGACUACACCAUGCUAGGCUCCGAUGACUUUUUCUAUGUUGGGGGCAGUCCCAGCACUGCAGAUCUACCUGGAUCUCCUGUUAGCAACAACUUUAUGGGCUGCCUUAAGGAGGUAGUGUAUAAGAACAAUGACGUAAGGCUAGAACUUUCUCGUCUGGCCAAACAAGGUGAUCCCAAAAUGAAGGUCAGUGGAAUGGUGGCUUUCAAGUGUGAGAACGUGGCCACGCUGGACCCCGUCACUUUUGAGACACCUGAGUCCUUUAUAACCCUCAACAAGUGGACAGCAAAAAAAGCUGGCUCCAUUUCAUUUGAUUUCCGCACCACUGAGCCCAACGGACUGCUGCUCUUCAGCCACGGCAAACCCAAGCAACAGCAGUCGAAAGACCCGAAAGGCCCUAAAACCAUGAAGGUGGAUUUCUUUGCUAUUGAAAUGCUGGAUGGUCACCUCUACCUUCUACUGGACAUGGGCUCAGGCACCACCAAAACCAGGGCCGUCAACAAAAAAGUCAAUGAUGGAGAAUGGUACCAUGUGGACUUCCAGAGAGAUGGCAGAUCAGGCACUAUCUCUGUCAACUCUGUGCGCACUCCUUACAAUGCUCCCGGUGAGAGUGAGAUCCUGGACCUGGAUGACACCCUCUACCUUGGUGGUUUGCCGGAGGAUCGUGCUGGCCUGGUUUUUCCCACCGAGGUGUGGACAGCUCUGCUAAACUAUGGCUACGUAGGCUGUGUGCGGGAUCUCUUCAUGGAUGGCCAGAGCAAAGACAUCCGACGACUUGCCGAGGCUCAGAGAGCUGUGGGUGUCAAGCCGUCUUGCUCUAAGGAGCCUCCUAAGCAGUGCAUAAGUAACCCAUGUCUUAACAAUGGCUUAUGCAGGGAGGGCUGGAACCGCUAUGUGUGUGACUGCUCUGGGACUGGCUACCUGGGACGUUCCUGUGAAAGAGAUGCCACUAUCCUCAGUUAUGAUGGCAGUAAGUUUAUGAAGAUCAAGUUGCCGGUGGUGAUGCAUACUGAGGCUGAGGACGUAUCCCUGCGCUUCCGAUCUCAGCGGGCUUAUGGGGUUUUGAUGGCCACCACCUCUCGCAACUCUGCAGAUACACUUCGGUUAGAACUGGAUGGAGGACGGGUCCGACUCACAGUCAAUCUAGACUGUAUCAGGAUUAACUGUACCACCAGUAAAGGUCCAGAGACCAUCUUUGCGGGUCAAAAUCUAAAUGAUAAUGAGUGGCACACAGUCCGUGUGGUCAGGAGGGGGAAAAGCCUGAAGUUAACGGUGGAUGAACUGCAGCCCUCAGAAGGCCAAAUCACAGGUGACCACACACAGCUCGAGUUCCAUAACAUAGAGACAGGCAUCAUUACUGAGAAGCUCUACAUGCCCGCUGUGCCCUCCAAUUUUAUCGGACACCUGCAGGGACUGUCCUUCAAUGGCAUGUCCUAUAUUGACCUGUGCAAGAACGGAGACAUCGACUACUGUGAGCUUAAUGCCAUGAUCGGCUACAAAAGCAUCGUGGCAGACCCAGUGACCUUCAAGUCUCGCUCCAGCUAUGUGACCCUGCCCACGCUACAGGCCUACUAUUCCAUGCACCUCUUCCUCCAGUUCAAAACCACCUCCCCUGAUGGCUUGAUCCUCUACAACCGAGGAGAUGGAAAUGACUUCAUUGUGGUGGAGCUUGUCAAAGGGUACCUUCACUAUGUUUCUGACCUGGGAAAUGGUGCGCACCUCAUAAAAGGAAAUUCCAACACACCUCUCAAUGAUAACCACUGGCAUAAUGUGAUGAUUUCACGCGAUACCAACAACCUCCACACAGUCAAGAUCGACACCAAGAUUACCACACAAACAACUACAGGGGCAAAGAACCUGGAUCUAAAAGGUGAUCUAUACGUGGGUGGGGUCUCUAAGGAGAUGUAUAAGGACCUCCCGAAGCUGGUACAUUCUAAAGAGGGUUUUCAGGGCUGCUUGGCAUCGGUGGACUUAAAUGGACGUUUGCCAGACUUACUAUCAGAUGCACUGGGCACAGCGGGCCAGGUGGAGCGGGGUUGUGAAGGUCCCAGCACUACCUGUCAGGAGGACUCAUGCUCCAAUCAGGGGGUGUGUCUGCAGCAGUGGGAGGGCUUCACCUGUGACUGCAGUAUGACGUCGUUCGGAGGACCAUUGUGCAACGACGCGGGAACGACGUACAUAUUUGGUCGGGAUGGUGGGCUGAUUGUGUACACCUGGCCUCCCAACGAAAGGCCGAGCACGAGGGCUGACAGACUGGCAGUUGGCUUCAGCACACAGCAAAAGGAUGCGGUGUUGGUCCGAGUGGACAGCUCAACUGGACUCGGAGACUACCUGCAACUACAGAUAGAAAAAGGCAAUAUCAGGGUGGUGUUCAAUGUGGGCACAGAUGACAUAAAUAUAGAAGAGACCUCAAAGUUUGUAAAUGAUGGAAAAUACCACAUAGUUCGCUUUACGCGGAGUGGUGGUAAUGCCACUUUGCAGGUGGAUGAUCUGCCAGUCAUUGAACGAUACCCAACAGGCAACUUUGAUAACGAACGCCUGGCGAUUGCUAGACAGCGAAUCCCAUAUCGUCUUGGUCGAGUAGUUGACGAAUGGCUACUCGACAAAGGUCGACAGCUCACCAUCUUCAACAGCCAGAAUACCAUAAAGAUCGGUGGUGGGGAGCAGGGCAGUCGCCCAUUUCAGGGCCAGAUGUCUGGCCUCUACUACAAUGGCCUCAAAGUGCUCAACAUGGCCGCCGAGGGUGAACCGAAUGUCCGCAUGCAGGGUAGUGCCCGCCUGGUUGGUGACCUACCCUCCUCUUCUAUUACACCCCAAUCCAGUGCUUCAGCUACGGGCAACCGCUCUGAAGCAUCACCCUCACUGACUGACAUCACCACCACCACUGCAUCCAACCGGCAGGGCAAGCAGACCACAACACCACAGGAUGAUCUGUUGGUAGCAUCAGCGGAGUGUCCUACUGAUGAUGAGGACAUUGACCCAUGUGACCCAACCUCAGGUGGGUUAGCACACCCUCCCCUGCCUGAAGCAAAGGGUUACCCAAGCCCAGAGGUGAUCCGCGAGUCCAGCAGCACCACAGGCAUGGUAGUUGGCAUUGUAGCAGCUGCAGCCCUGUGCAUCCUCAUCUUACUCUACGCCAUGUACAAGUACCGCAACCGAGACGAGGGCUCUUAUCACGUAGACGAGAGCCGCAAUUACAUCAGUAACUCUGCCACGCAGCCCAAUGGAGCUGCCGUAAAAGAAAAACCAAUUGGCGUGGCCAAGAUCUCCAGCAAGAACAAAAAGAACAAGGAUAAAGAGUACUACGUCUGAUCAUAAAGACCUAACCCCCCCUUCCUGGCUCACGGUUCCUGUGUUCCGAAACUCUCGGGAGGACACGCCAACCUGUGUAUAGUAAUUUUGAGGAAAAAGUACAGUCGAAACAAACUGUUACUAACAAUAUGAACAUAUAAUUUUUACUCAAACACACAAAUCUAAACGUGUGUAUGAAGGGAAUUCCACAAACCAAUCUGAAGUCAAUUCAAACCUCUGGAAAGGGACAGCCCAGAACAAUUCUAUAUGUGAGGGUGAAUCUCAAAAAGACAUGGCCAGUGGUCAGAAUUGAGUCUUUCGUAUUCCAUGUUUCAUAUUGCAUUGCCUGUGUGUGUGUGUGUGUGUGUGUGUGUUAUACGGGGACAUGCCCUCUACCCAAGAACAAGCAGAAAAUUACAGACUAAACCAUGGAAAAUAAACUUAUUACUCUGAAAAGCUACCUACUGUAUGAUUGUUCAAUCAGCCAAAGUAUUCGCCCCCUCUUUUUUAAUUGCAGUGUUGGCAUUGGAGACAGAUACAAGCUGAAGAUAACAUUAGAGGAUCCAAACACAAGUCAAUAUUGAGGAUGAAUGCCUUGAACUGUGGAGGCCUUGUUAUCGAACAGUGUUAAAUCGAUCGCUGAGUCAUUUGUCUGUGAGAGCAAUGGUCGACUCCAAUGAUUGUGGCGAAGGAUAAUAAAGCAUCUUUGGGCUUUUGGGGGAUAGUUCAAGAAAUACUCCAUGCACGUGAAGUAUCUUAUUACAUAUGUUUAUAUACGGUGCAAAGACUAUCUAUGUGUGCUCUCUGGACUGUGGCUGAAGUGGUGUUUUAUAGCCUGUUAUAUAGAUGAUGCCAACUACAGUAUACCUGCUCAAACCUUUUCUAGUAAAAGCAAAUGGGAAAAUGAUUAAAAACAGAAAAUCUAAAUGUCAGUGUGUUGCUAUAGCGAUAGAACCGUUUCUGCCAUUUGCUAUAACCAUUUGGACUCCUGUAUUUUUUUCCCUCCCUUGUGCAUCCUCAAUGUCAGUAUUGGUUUUUUUCGCCAUUGUAUUUAAUUUUGCAAUUACUCCCUGUGUGUCAGCAUACAGAGACACAAACACAGGUCUCGAUUUGACCAAGCAAACACAUUGACACAAACUGAAAUGAUACGUACAGUUGAAGCAAUAUCAUUUUGCUUCUCUUAUUGACCAAACUGAUUAUGCAUGGUCAUUAGUACAUGAUGGAAAGUUAAAAAAUGACAGGUAAUGACCGGAUUCCCCCCGAAUAAAAAAAUGUGCAAUGAAACAUUUCUGCCAAAUAAAGCACAUGUAUAAGAAAGAAAAAGUAAACUGUACUGUUUGUAAACACUCCUCUUUGCUAUCUUAUACUACAUGAAUGCACAAGAAGUACAAAAUGCGUAAACUUCAGAAUAAAAUUAUUAAUUUUCAUUUUUUGUGUUUUUAUUUGUGUACAAUUUUUCUAUGAUACCUUUUUUGUUUUUAUUGUGAAAAUUCUUUGACGACCUCAAAGUGAAGAUUUAUUAUGAAAAAAUAGUUUUGAAAAAUUAAAUGAAUAAAUAAAAUAUUAAGACUUAAA